GCUUGCGCUUACGAGCGAAACAUCCCUACCUCAGUCCAUCUCCGACAUUUCCCACAUCGGAGAUUGCCAUUUCGUCGGUUUCCAUUUUGGGAUUUUUCUCUUAUCUAUUUUAUUUUCCUAUCCCUUCCCCCCCCCAAAUAAAAAAAAAAAAAUACAAUCCCCCCUUCCCCAGACGAUGUCCAAGUUCGGCGUUCUCGUGAUGGGCCCCGCGGGGGCGGGCAAGACGACCUUCUGCAGCGCGGUGAUCCAACAGCUCCAGAACACGCGACGGAGCUGCUUCUACGUGAACCUGGACCCGGCCGCCGAGACGUUCAGCUACGAGCCGGACCUGGACAUCCGGGAGCUGAUCACGCUGGAGGACGUGAUGGAGGAGCUGGGGCUGGGCCCCAACGGCGGGCUGAUCUACUGCUUCGAGUUCCUGCUGCAGAACCUGGACUUUCUGACGGAGGCGCUGGACCCGCUGAGCGAGGAGUACCUGAUCAUCUUCGACAUGCCGGGCCAGAUCGAGCUGUACACGCACAUCCCGCUGCUGCCGUCGCUGGUGCAGUUCCUGUCGCGCGCCGGCCCGCUGAACAUCAGCCUGUGCGCCGCCUACCUCCUGGAGAGCACCUUCGUGGUCGACAAGGCCAAGUUCUUCGCCGGCACGCUGAGCGCCAUGUCCGCCAUGCUGAUGCUGGAGAUGCCGCACGUCAACAUCCUGACCAAGAUGGACCAGGUCAAGGACAUGAUCUCGCGCAAGGAGCUCAAGCGCUUCACCAACGUCGACGUCCAGCUGCUGCAGGCGGAUGCGGACCGUGAGGAGGAGGAGGAGGAGGAGCAGGAAGCCGGGGGCGUGCGUGAGGUUGUGCACCGGGGAGAUCCCGCGGCCAAGGAGAAUCUGCUGAGCGGCGGCGCGUUCCACCAGCUCAAUCGCGCUGUCGGCCAGCUCAUCGAUGACUUCAGCAUGGUCUCCUUCUUGAAGCUUGACGUGCAGGAUGAGGACAGCGUCGCCGCCGUGUUGAGCCACAUUGACGAUGCCAUCCAGUACCACGAAGCGCAGGAGCCGCGCGAGCCCAACGAUGCCCAGGAGGUCGACUACGAGGAUGGCGAUAUGUGAGGGGGUGGGCGGAGGCCCGGUUGACAAAGGGGGUGUGGGUGUGCGAGCGGCAGGGGACUGGCUGAGGAAUGAAGAGCACGCCGAGAUCAACAACACAUCACCCCGGUCGUCGUCAAAUUACAGUGGGUUUUACCGACAUUCGUUAUCGCAGGAUGUCAAUUGGACGUCCCCCACACUUAUCGCGAGUCUCGUUUGCCGGAAUCGUGGUGGCCUUGGAAGCCUCGUUUGCGAAAGGAAUGCCACUCCCACCGCUUCUUCCACGCAAGCUGCAUGUAAUGUGCCAGGAGAAAUUCAGCAGCUGGAAUACGGCCAGAUAAGAGAAGCCAGAGAGAGGAUCUACAGAGCCAGACAGUCAACAGCGACGGCCAAGCAUUCUGUCCGAUAUCGGGACAUGU